AUGUCUGACCACACGUUGUCGGAGGUGCCCACGAGGAGGGAUGAGCUGCCGCCCGACCUGCUGGCGCUGAGGACGUCCAACGCCGAGAAGGGCGUCAACAUCAUCGCGCAGACCCCGAGCCGGCCGUACUCGUACCGCGAGGACGAGGCCGUGUACGACCGCUUCACGCCCCGCCGCAAGGCCCUGAUCACGGCCAUCGUGUCCUUUGGCGGCCUCGGCAUCAACCUGGCGUCCCUGCUGGUGCUGUCGGCCCUGCCCGAGGUGGCGGCCGCCUUCAACACGUCCGGGACCGUCAUCAACUUCACCAACGCGCUCUUCCUGCUGAUGAUGGGCAUCGGCGUCCUCUUCUGGGGCCCGUUGAGCCAGGUCUACGGGAGAAAAUGGAUCUUUGUCACAUCGUCCGUGUUGUUCUGCGUCUUCUCCUUCGCGACGGGGGUCUCCCCCAACCUGCCGGCCUUCUUCAUCUUCCGCUCCAUCACGGCCUUCGCCGGGACGUGUUUCCUCGUGGUCGGGUCGGCCUGCCUCAGCGACGUGUACCGCCCGACUGAGCGCGGCACAGCAUUGGGGUGGUUCCUCGGCGGUACUCUGAUCGGUCCGGCCUUGGGACCCUUUAUCGGCGGCGUCAUCGUCACUUUCUCGUCGUGGAAAAGCCUCUUCUGGUUCCAGGGAGCGCUGGGCGCCGUCGCCAUGGCUCUGUCCGUUGCCUUCCUGCCAGAGACCAGCCACGGGAAGUGGUCCGAAGAGCUGGAGGGCUUGACCGUCAAGGGGAAAGUGUCUCAGAUAUGGGAGUGGGCGAAUCCGUUCCGAGUCAUUGCCUUGUUCAAGUACCCAAAGAUCCUCAUCGUGGGAGUCGCCGCCUCUUCAGUCUUAUGGAACAUGCAGGUUCUCCUGACGCCAGUCCGAUACGUCAUCAACCCGAGGUUCCACCUCACGACCCCUUUGCAGUCGGGCUUCUUCUUCCUCGCGCCGGGUGCCGGAUACCUCGUCGGGACCUUUGUCGGCGGCCGCUACGCCGACAGAACGGUCAAGAGGUGGAUCGCCAAGCGAGGGAAGCGCGUGCCCGAAGACCGGCUGCGGAGUGCGUUUAUCGCGAUGGGCGUGGUCAUACCCGCGAGCACCAUCAUCUACGGAUGGGCGAUCGACCAGGCCAAGGGCGGCAUUCCCCUGCCCGUCAUCUGCAUGUUUGUGCAGGGAGUCGCUCAGAUGGUUUGCUUCCCCUGUCUCAACAGCUACUGCCUCGACGUGUUCCGAGACAGAGCGGCCGAAGUGAUGGCCGGAAACUACUUCAUCAGGUAUACCUUCGCCGCCAUCGGUACGGCGGUGGUCCUCCCGGGGAUCGACGGCAUAGGCGUGGGUUGGUUCUCGACAGUGAGUGCCCUCUUCGUCGCGGUUUCCAGUGCGGCUGUCUGCUGUAUUGUCAUUUUCGGCACAGAACGAAACAACAAAGACGCCAAAUCGGAACAGGCUUGA